AUGUUUGUUCAUGGUAUAAAACCUGGUUCUAGCGAGGAAGAAGAAGAAGAAGAUGUUAUGGAUAUUCUUCAGAAAAGGCGAGAAGAAUGCGAACGAAAAGCUCGACGGGGGGAAAUGGACCCUCGGCUGGAGUUCACUUUCCAGCUACUUAUCGACGGCACUGGAUUACCGAGACAUGCCAUAAUGGAUCAUGUCUUCGAGGGGAAUAUGUUAGAUGACAUCAAUCAGUUAUUUCUGCCGCAUAUGAGAAACAAAUUAUUGUGGUAUUAUCAAGAUGUGGAGGAAGUAGAAGCCCGACCCCAGCCUGAAAGCACAAAGCCAAGACAGCAAGGGCAAGGAAAACAGCCGCCUCCACAAAUAACGUUGAAGAAGAAGCUUUUUCUUUCCGAUGGCUGGGAUGUUAAAUUUACAGGUGUUUGCAUCUAUAUGUUCAGAAUAAAUGUAAGCAAACAAUUACCAGAGGAAGGAUUUCAUAAAGAUCUUUUCUGCGGAAUUUUGAAUGCCGAACAAGUUGGCCUCGUAACUGCCAUAGAACGUGUGAUGGAACACGUGUAUAUGAACGCAUUAGCCCACCCAAGCACUGAUGGUGACGAAGACGAGACCAAAUUUCCGAUUGUGAAGAACCAAUUGUUGCCAGGUUUAAGAUCUUUCUGUAGUGCUCUUAAAGUGUGUGAAGAUGUCUGUAAUCAAGUAAAUCUUUUCGAUGAUGGACAAGCGUUAAUGGCGAAUUUGCAAGACCACACGGAACUUAAAGAAAUGACUAAAAAUCUUAAUACAAUUACAAUGUUAGAGGAUCGUGUCACUGAAUGGAUUAAGAAAAUAAUGGAGAUUCUCAGUGAAAGCGAGCAGUUGAGACGUGAAGUUGAUUCAAGUGGCCCUCAAGAUGAACUGGAGUAUUGGAAGAAAAGAGGAGCGCAGUUUUCCCAGCUUGUUUCAUACUUACAAGACCAUGAAGUUCAACUUACCCUGACAUGCCUCCAAUUAGCUAAUUCCAAAGUGAUAAAACUUUGGCGAGACACCGAUCACAAAAUUACUUUUUGUUAUAACGAAGCUAAAGACAACGCGAAAUUUGUCCAAGCCAUGGAAAAAUGUUGUCACUCUCUCUAUUUGGAUGAUCCUGUAAAAAUCAAAGAUUCUAUACUAAGCUUAUUACAAACCGUUCGAUUGAUUCAUAGUGUAUCACAAUUCUAUAAUACGUCAGAGAGAAUAUCAUCUCUUAUGGUUAAGAAUCAGCCGUUUUUGCCGAAUACGGAGCAAUUUAGUUUCUCUGAGAAUUAUGUGUUUGGAAAGUUCGAUACAUUUUGUAAACGUUUGAAUAAAAUAAUUACUAUGUUUGAUUUGAUGGAUGACUAUAAUCACCUGUUCGAGAAACGUAUGGAAGGACUUUUAUUGGGAGAAGAUCUUGAAGAAGCUAUGCACGCAUUCGAAGAGGCAAAGAAAGCAGUGACAACGUGCCAAUAUGACUACCUUGACUAUCGCAACAAUGACUUCGAUAAAGAUUAUCAGGCAUUUCAAGACAAAACGAAUGCAUUACGUGAGUCGAUCGGAAGCACUAUAGAAAUUAAUUUCUCUAGUGUAUGGGAAACCCCUCAAGGCAUUAAAUUUUUGACAAGAUUUGAAAAGGUCAGCCAGAAGAUUCAGAUAACAAAACUAAAUGAAAAAUAUAGUAGGGUAUUAAAGUACAGUGAAAAGGAGGUAGAUAAAAUAAUGAAAAUGUUUAAAAGGCAAAAAGAGGAUCCACCACUGCCCAGAAAUUAUUCACCCGUUGCUGGUCGAAUAAAAUGGGCGCGAUGUUUGAUGUAUAAUAUGACUGAGACCGUGGAAAGCGUUUGUGCACAUCCAGUUUUACGUGCUUUACCUGCUGCUGCCGACAUGCUGCGGAAGUAUCAGGCAACAAAGAGCCUCAUUCACAAUUAUGAGACAACUAUGAGUGCUGUGUGGAUGAAUCAAAAUGUGUCGGAUGUUGACGACAGCUUAAAUAAUACAUUACUUAAAAUCGAUGAUACUGGUCAAAUAGGUGUGAAUCUUGAUCAUACCAUAAAAUUGCUAAUACGGGAGUCGGACUGUCUCGUUAAGAUGGGCGUAGACCUCCCAAUCGUAUGUCAUUCUUUAUACUCGAAGAACAAUUAUUUUACACUCGUCAAUGAUUCUUUACAGUUUCUAUUAGAAGACUAUUUACGAUGCGUACGUCAAGUUAAACUAGAAGUUCGUCCACUUUUGCUCCCACAAGUGGUUCGUCUUUCCUCUCUUCUCCUCCCAGGACUGCGUUCAGUUACGUGGACAAGCGAGGAUUGGAAGGAGUUUGUGGAUAGAGCUAAUGCUGCUAUUAAUAGCUUUGAUGUACUUGUGACUAGAGUACAUGAUAUUUAUACAAAUAGGAUUAUUUACGUACUAUCCGGAAUGCAGGAAGUUACGUUGAUAGCUUUACCAGAUGAAACUCCGUGGGCUGUAGAUGAAUUUAUUGAAUAUGUCGAGACAAAGUGUCGGAAUGCGUGUGUGGAAUUAAAUAGAAAAAGUCUUAUGGUAGAAGAGGCGGUCGAGGAAGUUUUGGAUUUGGUUAAGAAAGCGGCUCAACAAAUCAAGCCGGCUGAAAUAAAUCCUGAUUUUGAAUUUUUGAUUGCCGAAGAUGAUGUUCAUGGUAGCGCUACAGUAUCAACACUAAACGAAUCAACAAGCAGCGGGCAACAAGAUUGGUCUGCAGUUUGGGAGUGCUUUGAAAGUCCACAUAGAUUAUUGUCCAUACCCGCAGGUGGACUGUCCAAAAGUAUGCAAGAAAUGGUGAAAAAUGCUGUAAGUGAAAUGCGUCGUUACUACAGUAGAAAAGUUAUUGAUGUCCUGAUUAAAGUAACGAGAAGAGCCCUAGACCUCAUCAUUAAACAGAUUUCGCAAGACUUCGAAACCACUGGAUACGCCAAGAAACCAAUUUUCUUGCUUCACGCUGCUCUAUUAAUACCGAAUGUUUUGGUCAAACCGACACUAGAAGAAAUCCAAGAGGUCUUAGUGUUGGCCGGAAAACACAUAUCUGGACUAUCAAAGGGGGUCGCACAGUGGACCGGUGGCAAAUCAACAAGGGUUAGUUGGAAGAAACUGACAGGUCACCAGUCCAACCAGCUACUCCAAGUAGUCACAAAGCUUGACGAACAGGUUCAAACAGUGGCGCCAAUGAAUGUCGCCAAAUCUAUGAAAAUGAUAGAUGCAGCCAAAAUGAGGAAGAAGAAAUAUUACCGCUUGGAGUCGGAAGAGAAGCCAAUGUUUCCAUUUCAACAGAAAAGCUUCUAUAGCCAUGUUAUGGAGAACAAAGAAAUUAUAAAGACGUUGGCUUUGCUGUCUCUGUGUACACAAAAUAUUAAAACGGAGCUAAAUACUUUAGUGAAACGUUGGCGACCGUAUCAUUACUUAUGGAAAUGUGAGAAAACCUUACGUCAGCUUUUGUCCUGGAAUUUAAAUGAUUUUGAACUUGCUCUAAAAAGACACAGUGAACUCGAAAUAAAAUUGGCUACGGAGCCGGAAAUUCUAGUUAUCGGAAAUUGUCUAGCAGUGUCUACAGAAAAACUAAAACUGGGACUAAUGACUGAACUAAAAAAUGGUACCCACCGAAUAAGUCAAGCAAUGCGUAAAAAGUACAAACGUGAAAUGGAUUAUGUCUAUGCUAUAAUGAAUGAUUUAGAACGUAAGUUAGAAAGGCCUAUACGAGAUCUGGAUGACGUCAGAACUGUAAUGGAAACGCUAAAGAAGAUAAGAGAACAAGAGGUUGAUAUGGAGCUAAAGAUCGAUCCUGUAGAGGAAGCAUUCAACGUGAUUACCCGCUACGAAUUGCCAGUAAGUAAAGAAGAUAUGGAGCAAGUGGAUAAUUUAAGAUACUCGUGGCAACAACUUCAAGCGACAGCGCUGGCGUCACACGUUCAGCUUUUAAAAAUGCAGCCACAAUUCGAAGAGGACUUAAAAAAUAACUUGGAAAGGUUUAGAGACGACAAUUCAGAUUAUUGUCACGAGUACAGACAUGCAGGUCCUAUGCAGUCAGGUCUUACUCCGCGAGAAGCAUCCGAUCGUCUGAUAUUAUUUCAGAAUAGAUUCGAUGGAAUGUGGCGAAAAUUACAAACAUAUCAAAAUGGUGAAGAAUUAUUUGGACUUCCUCAUACAGAGUAUCCUGAACUUGCUCAAAUAAGAAAAGAACUUAAUCUCCUCCAAAAAUUGUAUAAACUCUACAAUGAUGUGAUUGACAGGGUUAGUAGUUACUACGAUAUACCAUGGGGAGAAGUGAAUAUAGAAGAAAUCAAUAACGAACUUAUGGAGUUCCAAAAUCGAUGCCGAAAGCUACCAAAAGGUCUCAAAGAAUGGCCUGCUUUCUACGCGCUGAAGAAGACUAUAGACGACUUCAAUGAUAUGUGUCCACUUCUUGAGUUAAUGGCCAAUAAAGCUAUGAAGCCUCGUCACUGGCAACGCAUAAUGGAAGUAACUAAAUACAAUUUUGAACUUGAUAACGAAGACUUUUGCUUAAAGAAUAUAUUGGAGGCUCCCUUAUUGCCCAACAAAGAAGAUAUUGAGGAUAUUUGUAUAUCAGCAAUGAAAGAAAAGGAUAUCGAGGCAAAACUAAGACAGGUGACUAAUGAGUGGUCGGUCCACGAGUUGACUUUCCAAACUUUCAAUAAUCGAGGAGAGCUUUUACUUAGAGGAGAUACCACCGCAGAGACUAUUGGUCAGCUCGAAGAUAGUCUAAUGAUAUUAGGUUCCUUAUUGUCUAAUCGUUACAAUGCACCAUUUAGAAAACAAAUACAACAGUGGUUAUAUGAUUUACAAAGUACAAAUGAAAUACUGGAACGGUGGCUAUUAGUACAAAAUAUGUGGGUGUAUUUGGAAGCUGUAUUUGUGGGUGGUGAUAUAGCAAAACAAUUGCCAAAGGAAGCAAAACGCUUCUCUAAAAUUGAUAAAUCUUGGCAAAAGAUUAUGCAAAGGGCGCAUGAGACCCCUGGCGUGGUGUCUUGCUGUGUCGGCGAUGAUUUACUUAGACAAUUAUUACCACAUCUACAAGAACAGUUGGAGCUUUGUCAGAAGAGUCUAAGUGGUUAUUUGGAGAAAAAACGAACAAUGUUUCCAAGAUUCUUCUUCGUGUCAGAUCCGGCGUUACUUGAAAUUCUUGGACAAGCAUCAGAUUCUCAUACUAUACAAAAUCACCUAUUAUCUAUAUUUGAUAAUAUCCGAUAUGUAAAAUUCCACGAUAUAGAAUACAACAAGAUGAUAUCGAUAGUAUCAUCAGAAGGAGAAGAAAUCAAGCUUGAACGGCCGGUUCGUGCUGAAGGCUCUGUUGAAACGUGGCUCACGUCUUUGCUUCAAUCUGCUCAAAGCAGCUUGCAUUCUAUCAUAAGAAACGCCGUUUCACUCAUAAAUGAUCCAGUCUUUAACCUUCUAUUAUUUCUGGAUAAAAUGCCUGCGCAGGUUGGCCUUCUUGGUAUUCAAAUAAUUUGGACAAGAGACGCAGAAUUGGCCUUAAUGCAGGCCCGACAAGAUAAAAAAAUUAUGUUGGAGACAAAUAACAAAUUUCUCGAGUUACUCAACACACUUAUUGAUCAAACUACUCGGGAUCUUUCUAAAAUUGAACGUAUUAAAUUCGAGACACUCAUUACCAUUCAUGUGCAUCAAAGAGAUAUUUUCGAUAUGCUGUGUAGACUCAACGUUCGUUCAGCAAAUGAUUUUGAAUGGUUGAAACAGUGUCGGUUUUACUUCAAAGAGGACGUCGACAAAACUUGGAUAUCUGUGACCGACGUUACAUUCACUUACCAGAAUGAAUACUUGGGUUGUACUGAACGUCUUGUUAUAACGCCUUUAACAGACAGAUGCUAUAUAACACUAGCUCAGGCUUUAGCCAUGAGCAUGGGUGGGGCUCCAUGUGGCCCAGCGGGAACAGGCAAAACAGAAACAGUGAAGGAUAUGGGGAAAACACUCGCUAAAUACGUCGUAGUUUUUAACUGCUCCGACCAAAUGGAUUACCGGGGUCUUGGUCGAAUAUACAAAGGCCUCGCUCAAUCUGGAUCUUGGGGCUGUUUCGAUGAAUUUAAUCGAAUAGAACUACCAGUACUUUCCGUGGCUGCACAGCAAGUAGCCGUAGUUCUUGCUGCUAAAAAGGAAAAGAAGAAAACGUUCCUAUUUACAGACGGUGAUAUGUCAGAGAUGUGCCCUGAAUUUGGCAUCUUCAUUACAAUGAAUCCUGGAUAUGCGGGUAGAAAGGAAUUGCCAGAAAAUUUAAAAAUACAGUUUCGAACCGUAGCUAUGAUGGUUCCCGAUAGACAGAUUAUUAUUCGUGUUAAACUCGCUUCGUGUGGUUUCUUAGAAAAUAUAACGCUGGCAAGAAAAUUCUAUACUCUUUACAAGUUAUGCGAAGAACAACUGACAAAGCAGGUACACUAUGACUUUGGUCUACGUAAUAUUCUGUCCGUAUUGAGGACAUUAGGAGCUGUUAAGAGGGUAAACGCAAAGGAUAAUGAAAGUACCAUUGUUAUGAGAGUACUUCGAGAUAUGAAUUUAUCAAAACUCAUAGAUGAAGAUGAACCUCUUUUUAUAUCCCUCGUUGCGGAUUUGUUCCCAAAUCAAGUAAUUGAGAAAACAACAUAUCCUGAUCUCGAGGAAGCUAUAAGAAAACUAGUUGAUGCUUAUGGUUUAGUUUACCAUCCACCAUGGGUGUUGAAAAUUGUUCAGCUAUAUGAAACGCAGCGAGUCCGCCAUGGUAUAAUGGUAUUGGGCCCACCAGGAGCUGGGAAAACUACAUGCAUACAUACAGUGAUGAGUGCCCUAUCGGAAACUGAAGACCCUCAUAGGGAAAUGAGGAUGAAUCCAAAAGCAAUCACUGCAUCACAAAUGUUUGGACGCUUGGACGUCGCAACCAAUGACUGGACCGACGGGAUUUUCUCAGCUUUGUGGCGCAAAACAUUAAAAAUUAAAACUGGUGAACAUAUUUGGCUUGUUUUAGAUGGGCCAGUUGACAGUAUAUGGAUAGAAAACUUAAAUUCGGUUCUUGAUGAUAAUAAAACUUUAACUCUUGCAAACGGAGAUCGUUUAACCAUGUCUCCAACUUCAAAAAUAAUAUUUGAACCCGAAAACAUCGAUAAUGCAUCUCCUGCAACUGUUUCUCGAAAUGGUAUGGUAUAUAUGAGCUCAUCUGGCUUAGAUUGGGAACCAGUACUAAACGCCUGGCUUAAAACAAGAUCAGUCCGAGAGAAUGAAGUAUUUAGUACAUUAUUCGAACAAACUUUUCCAAAUACAUAUACGUGGUGUACCCAAAAUCUUAGCUUUAGUAUGCGGGUUCUACAAAGUAAUAUCAUAUCCCAAAUGCUCAACCUAUUGGAAGGUCUCGUUCCUCCACAAAUAGUAGAAACCGAAGAACCAUCCGCUAGCAAAUCAGUGAAUGGUGAUAUGGAAGAUGACGAAGAAAAAGAAAAAGGAGAAGAAGUACAGCUUUACACACCGGAACACUUACAUAAAAUUUAUGUAUUUUCCUUAGUUUGGGGGUUUGGAUCGCUUCUAGAAACAGGCGACAGAAUUAAAUAUGAUAAAUAUAUUAAAGCAACUUAUAAAGAAAUACUUGAUAUUCCGAAACACCCUCAUAACAAACCGAGUAUGUUAUUCGACUUCUAUGUUAAACAACAUGGAAAGUGGGAGUUAUGGGAAGAUUUAAUGACAAAUUAUCAAUACCCUGAUACAGCCACUCCAGAUUAUGCGAAUAUUCUUAUUCCUAUAGUUGAUAACGUUCGGAUUAAUUAUCUUAUUCAUUGCAUUGCUAAACAAGGCAAAGCAGUUUUAUUACUUGGCGAACAGGGAUCUGCUAAAACGGUUAUGAUGAAAGCUUAUAUGAAAAACGCUAAUCCAGAUCAAUUUAUGGGACGCUCAUUUAAUUUCUCUUCGGCUACAAGUCCUUAUCAAUUUCAAAAAACAAUAGAGAGUUACGUAGAAAAACGAAGUGGUAUGACGUUUGGUCCACCGGGGGGCAAGAAAAUGUUAGUGUUCAUAGAUGAUAUAAAUCUACCUCAAAUUAAUGAAUGGGGUGAUCAGAUUACGAAUGAAAUAGUACGCCAAACUAUGAGCAUGGGUGGAUUUUACAGUUUAGAGAAACCAGGAGAUUUCACAACUAUUGUCGAUAUUCAGUUUUUAGGUGCCAUGGGCCAACCUGGUGGUGGAAGAAAUGACAUUCCAGCAAGGUUGAAAAGGCGUUUCUCUAUAUUCAAUUGUCCUUUGCCAAAUAAUGAUUCGAUAGACAAAAUAUUUAAAGUUAUUGGAGAAGGACAUUACAACGCUAAGCGAGGUUUUACUGCAGAAGUUCGAUCGCUUAUUAAAAAAAUAAUUCCUUUGACACGUGAACUUUGGACACGAACAAGAAUAAAUUUACUGCCAACACCAGCUAAAUUUCAUUACGUCUUUUCUUUGAGAGACUUAUCACGAGUUUGGCAAGGUAUGGUUGGUACUUUGCCUACUGUUAUAGAGUCUGAAAAAUGCUUAAUGCUUCUCUGGAAACAUGAAUGUUCCCGAGUUUUCUCUGACAGAUUUACACAUCAGUCCGAUAAAGAUUGGUUUAAUAAAGCUUUAUAUGAUAUUGCUGAAGAAAUUCUGGGUAAAGAAUAUAAAAAAAUGAUGGAAAAAGACCCUGUUUUCGUAGACUUUAUGAGAGAUGCGCCGGAACCAACGGGUGAAGAAGGCGAAGAUGCUGAUAUGGAGUUACCAAAAGUAUAUGAGCCUGUCUUUGACUAUAGCGAACUACGAGAUCGAUUAGAAAUGUUUUUAUCACAAUUUAAUGAAAUGGUGCGAGGAUCCGGAAUGGAUCUAGUAUUUUUCCCAGAUGCUAUGUUGCAUUUAGUAAAAAUUUCACGUGUGAUCAGACACCCUCGAGGAAAUGUAAUGCUCGUAGGAGUUGGUGGGUCAGGAAAGCAGUCGCUAACAAAGUUAUCUACUUUUAUAGCCGGAUACCGUUCCUUCCAGAUAGCGCUCACUAGAUCUUAUAAUGUGGGUAACUUUUUGGAAGACUUAAAACUUUUAUAUCGGUCAUGUGGAGUACAAGGUAAAGGUACGACAUUUAUCUUUACUGACCUAGACAUAAAAGAAGAAGGAUUUUUAGAAUACUUAAAUAACAUUUUAAGUUCUGGUGUUAUAUCAAAUUUAUUUACAAAAGAUGAACAACAAGAAAUCAUAUCUGAACUAACACCUAUUAUGAAAAGGGAAAACCAAAAACGUACGCUCACAAACGAACUAGUAAUGGAAUAUUUUUUAAACAGGACCUGUCAAAAUUUACAUGUAGUUUUGUGCUUUUCGCCGGUAAGUGAAGCAUUUCGUUACAGAGCUAUGAGAUUUCCGGCUUUAAUAUCAGGUUGUACAAUAGACUGGUUCCAGCCAUGGCCGAAGGAUGCCUUAGUAUCUGUCGCGGAUCAUUUCCUAGCAGACUUUGAAAUUGAAUGUAGCAAAGAAGUUAAAAAAGAAUUAGUAACAGUACUUGGAACAAUACAAGAUGUUGUUUCCACAGUUUCAACAGAAUACUUUCAAAGGUUCAGGCGAUCUUCACAUGUAACCCCAAAGUCAUAUUUAAGUUUUAUUGGGGGAUAUAAAACAAUUUACCAAAUGAAACAAAAAGAACUAGGAGAUGGAGCUUUAAGAAUGGAUACAGGUUUAGAGAAAUUACGAGAGGCAUCAAUAUCUGUAGAAGUAUUAAAAAAAGAUUUAGCUGUAAUGGAACAAGAUCUAGCUUUAGCUUCUGAAAAAGCAGACCGUGUGCUAUCUGAAGUAACGGAAAGAGCCAUGCAGGCUGAGAUAGUAAAAAACCAAGUACAAGUUGUUAAAGAAAAAGCUGAAGCUUUGGUUGCAUUUAUCGCAGAGGAAAAAGAAAAAGCUGAAUGUAAACUUGAAGCAGCUAAACCUGCCCUGGAAGAAGCUGAGGCUGCUUUAAAUACUAUAAAACCAGCACACAUUGCUACUGUGAGAAAAUUGGGUAGACCUCCACAUCUCAUUAUGAGAAUUAUGGACUGCGUUUUGAUUUUAUUUCAGAGGAGAUUACAUCCAAUCAUACCAGAUACAGCAGCACCGUGCCCUAAACCAUCUUGGGCUGAGUCUUUAAAGAUGAUGGCAAGCACAACAUUUUUACUUCAAUUACAAAACUAUCCCAAAGAUAUAAUCAACAAUGAGAUGGUAGAGCAUCUCUUACCAUACUUUGAAAUGGAAGAUUACAAUAUGGAUACAGCAAAACGUGUGUGUGGUGAUGUUGCUGGUUUGUUGUCGUGGACCAAGGCAAUGGCAUUUUUCCAUAGCGUAAAUAAGGAAGUUUUGCCUUUAAAAGCAAGUCUUAUGUUACAAGAAGCCAGGCUUAAGGUUGCUAUGGAAGAUUUAGCAUCUGCGGAACGACAACUUGAAGAACGUGAAAUGUCCUUAAGAAAAGUAAAAGAACAAUACGAGGCUGCUGUGUCAGAAAAACAACAGUUAACUGAUGCUGCGAAUGUUUGUCUACGUAAAAUGACAGCAGCAACACAACUCAUAAAUGGCUUAGGUGGAGAAAAAAUAAGAUGGACACAACAAAGCAAGGACUUUAAAGAACAGCUGGGACGGUUAGUGGGAGAUGUAGUACUAGCUACGGGUUUUCUAUCCUAUUGUGGUCCAUACAAUCAAGAAUUUAGAAAUAGUCUCUUUAAUACUUGGAUGGGAAUAUUGAAAAGCAAACAAAUACCCGUUACGGAUAACUUGAACAUCACUAACAUGUUGGUUGAAAGUGCCACAAUAUCUGAAUGGACCUUACAAGGUUUACCUAAUGAUGAAUUAUCGGUACAAAAUGCUCUUAUAGUCACAAAAUCGAGCUCUUACCCUCUUUUGGUAGACCCACAGAGCCAAGGAAAAAACUGGAUAAAAAACAAAGAGAGCUCUAAUGAACUACAAAUAACUUCAUUAAAUCACAAAUAUUUCCGUACGCACCUUGAAGAUAGUUUAUCAUUAGGUCGUCCACUUCUAAUUGAAGACGUGGGAGUGGAAUUAGACCCUGUAAUAGACAAUGUGUUAGAGAAGAAUUUUAUCAAGUCAGGUUCAAUUGAAAAAGUAAUUGUAGGUGAUAAAGAAUGUGAUGUAAUGCCGGGUUUUAUGCUUUAUAUUACCACAAAACUACCUAAUCCACCUUACUCACCAGAAAUAAGUGCUAAAACCUCAAUCAUUGAUUUUACCGUAACUAUGCAAGGUCUAGAAGAUCAGUUACUUGGCAGGGUUAUAUUAAUGGAAAAAUCCGACUUGGAGGAAGAACGAGUCGCUUUGUUUGAAUCUGUUAUGAAAAAUCAAAGGAGUAUGAAAGAAUUAGAAAGUAAUUUACUGUGCCGGCUAACAUCGUCAGAAGGUUCUUUAGUUGAUGACGAAGCUUUGAUUCAUGUUCUUCAAAUUACCAAAACAACAGCUGAAGAAGUGAAUGAUAAACUUAAAGUGGCUGAAGUUACAGAAAAAAAAAUUAUUAAAGCGAGAGAAGAGUUUAGAGCCGUUGCAGCUAGAGGGUCUAUUCUAUACUUUUUAAUUGUGGAAAUGAGUAACGUCAAUAUUAUGUAUCAAAAUUCGUUAAAACAAUUUUUAACAAUAUUUGAUAACUCUAUAACUAAAUCAACAAAAAGCAAUGUUACUGAAGACCGUAUCAAUAUAAUAUUAAAAUAUUUAACACAUGAAGUUUGGGCAUUUACGUUACGCAGUUUAUACGAACGGCAUAAGGCGUUAUUCACUUUAAUGUUAGCUAUGAAAAUUGAUUGCCAUCGAGGUCUUAUAUCUCAUGAUGAGUUCAUGGCUUUUGUGAAAGGAGGUGCAUCGCUCGAUCUGAAUGCCGUUACUCCAAAACCAUUUAAAUGGAUAUUAGAUAUAACCUGGUUGAAUCUAGUUGAAAUAAGUAAACUCAAAAUAUUUUCAGAUGUUCUAAACAAAAUAACAUCAAGUGAGAAGGAAUGGCGCGUUUGGUAUGAAAAAGCAAAGCCUGAAGAGGAAAGUAUACCAAGUGGUUAUCAAGAUAGUUUAGACGUUUUUCGAAAACUGCUACUGAUUAGAUCGUGGAGCCCGGAUAGAACGCUCUCACAAGCAAGAAAAUAUAUUGUUGAUUCACUUGGAGCUGAAUACGGCGAGGGUAGAAUUCUGAACUUAGAAGUGACGUGGGAAGAGUCCGAACCAAGAACACCUUUAAUUUGUAUUCUCUCGAUUGGGUCCGACCCGUCCACUCAAAUUGCUUCUCUCUCAAAAUCAAAAGAAAUCGUUCUGAAGGCUGUUUCUAUGGGACAAGGCCAAGAAAUUGUUGCACGAAAAAUGAUUUCAGACUCCAUGAACGAAGGAGGUUGGGUAUUACUGCAAAACAUACAUUUAUCGCUUUCAUUCUGCGUGGAAGCAAUGGAUGCUUUAAUUGAAACAGAACACAUACAGGAUUCGUUCCGUCUCUGGCUGACGACAGAGGUUCACCCAGAUUUUCCGAUAGGAUUACUACAAAUGGCAAUUAAAUUUACGAACGAACCUCCCCAAGGAAUAAGAGCUAGUAUGAAGCGAACGUAUCAAAAUAUUACCCAGGACACCCUGGAUUACUCUUCUCUGUCUCAAUGGCCACCGCUUCUAUAUGCCGUUGCAUUUUUACAUACUAUAGUACAGGAGAGAAGGAAAUUUGGACCCUUGGGCUGGAAUAUUCCUUAUGAAUUUAACCAAGCAGAUUAUGCAGCAAGUGUCCAAUUCAUACAAAACCACUUGGAUGAAAUCGAUCCGAAAAAGGGUAUAUCCUGGCCAACAAUAUGUUAUAUGCUUGGUGAAGUACAAUAUGGUGGAAGAGUUACUGAUGAUUUUGAUAAACGCCUUCUCACUACUUUUACCAAUGUAUGGUUUUGUGACGUACUUUUACGUCCUGGUUUCGAAUUCUAUAAAGGAUAUAAAGUUCCACAAACCAGGAACCUUCAAGGAUACGUUGAUUAUAUCAAUCAAUUACCAUUAACAGACACUCCCGAGGUAUUUGGUUUACACGGUAAUGCAGAUAUCACAUACCAAAUUAAUAGCGCAAAAGAUAUCUUAGAUACGAUAUUAAGUGUGCAGCCAAAGGAAGGAGGGAGUCAAGGGGGAGAAACAAGAGAAAGUAUCGUGUAUCGAUUGGCGGAAGAUAUGUUAGAGAAAUUACCUAAGCAAUAUGUUUCGUUUGAAGUAAGAGAAGCUCUCCAAAAGAUGGGUGCUUUCCUGCCGAUGAAUAUAUUUUUAAGGCAAGAAAUAGAUCGUAUACAAAAAGUUAUUAAAACUGUAUACACAACACUUUGCGACCUUAAAUUAGCGAUAGAUGGGACAAUAGUAAUGAGUCAAGGACUACGAGAAUCAUUGGAUGCUAUGUAUGAUGCACGCAUACCAACUCAGUGGUUAAAGGUAUCUUGGGAGUCAGCAACAUUAGGUUUUUGGUACACUGAGUUGUUAGAACGUGAACAACAAUAUCGAAUAUGGUUGCGUAAUGGUCGACCUAACACAUUUUGGAUGACAGGUUUCUUCAACCCUCAGGGUUUCCUGACUGCAAUGAGACAAGAAGUGACACGCAGUCAUAAGGGAUGGGCCUUGGAUUCAGUAGUGUUACAAAAUCUUAUAACGAAGUUAAAUCGAGAAGAUGUACAUGAAGGUCCCACGGAAGGAGUUUAUGUAUACGGUUUAUUUCUAGAAGGAGCUUCAUUAGACAGGAAAACGGGGAAGUUGAUAGAAUCCAAACCUAAAGUUCUAUAUGAGCAAAUGCCGGUUAUUUAUAUAUUUGCUAUAAAUACAACGGCUGGAAAAGAUCCUCGGCUUUACGAAUGUCCUAUAUACAGAAAACCACAAAGGACAGACGCAAAAUACGUUGGUUCUAUAGAUUUUGAAACCGACAGUAACCCAAGGCAUUGGACAUUAAGAGGUGUAGCACUAUUAUGUGACAUAAAAUAA